CCACAAGAAAAUGUUUGUAAGGUGGAGGAGGACGGGGUUUUCAGUGACCAGCACCUGGAUAACCUGGAGAGGAGCUGCAGCCCGGACCAGGGGGAACCAGGGCAUCCACAGACUACAGAACUGGAGGAAGACUCCAGCGGUCAGGAGAUGAAACGCAAGGACGUAGAGGUGGAUGUCUCAUUGGUCAAUGUCGCUGAUGUGAAAGUUGAAAAUGGUGAACCGGGACCAAACUGUGACCAGCUGCUGUUGCACACUUCUCCUGAAGCUCAAAACAAAGAUGAGGAAGGGACUGAAAGUUUACGCUCAGACUCCAGUAAAACUGCAGAUCCGGAGCCAAUGAGACGACACGGUGAACACGAAGAUGCUGCUGUCCCGUCAGACAGCAACUGUAAAUCAAAGCUGGACAGGACCCACACGGGGAAGAAGGCGUUUUCUUUUAGCACUUGCAGGGAAGAUUUCAGUAAAAGUUGUAAUUUAAUGGAUCACAUGAAGAUACACACUGGCGAAAGGCCGUACCUGUGCAACACCUGCGACAAAACCUUUACUACAUUAUCAAAUCUUAAACGGCACAUAUACACGCACACGGGCGAGAAGCCCUACAUCUGCAAAACAUGUGGAAAAAGUUACAGGCAACGUUCCCACCUGGUGGGUCACUCGAGGACCCACACUGGCGAAAAGCCAUACCUGUGCAACACCUGCGGAAAAUCGUUUGGACACGCAUCACUUCUUAAAAAUCACAUAUACACGCACACAGGCGAGAAGCCCUACAUCUGCAAAACAUGUGGAAAAAGUUACAGGCUACGUUCCACCCUGGUGGUUCACUCGAGGACCCACACCGGCGAAAGGCCGUACCUGUGCAACACCUGCGGAAAAACCUUUACUGAAUCAUCAGCCCUUAAACGGCACAUAACCACGCACACGGGCGAUAAUCUAUAUUUGUGCAAGACGUGCAACAAAGGUUUUAGCCGCAGAAUUGAUUUGCUGAGACACAUGACAUAUCACCCGGAGGAGAAGUCUGGUGACUCGUGACAAAUGAAUUUCAUGUUGUCGUCCUCCGGGGGCAGCUGUCCACUCCUGUCUGGCCUACAGAAGACUGGUGACUUCUGGUGACCACAGAAGAAGAACCCGCAGAAGUCCAACCACCACCUCCUGCGGCUGAUGAGCCUAAUCCCCUCCCCACAAGGGUUGCAGGUUCAACCCGGAUUUAUACUUCUCCGUCAACUUGAAAUUUGUUGCUGUUGGUAACUUGCUGUCUCCAGGGUGCAAAUAAAGAGCUGUUAGUAUGUGCUGAUUUUUCUUUAAAUGUGACAGUUUAUUUUGUUCAUCUACAAAGCCUCUCUCACACGUCCUUUUUCCCAUCCGUUUCUU